AUGCGCAUUCCACCUGCCAGUGUCCUGGCGACAUGGCCUACUCCUAACUAUGUCGACCCUGUGACUCGUGGCAACUACGUGCUUAUCGUCAGUGUUGUCCUCCUCAGCGUGGCAUUUGUCGUGACCUGCCUUCGCCUUUAUACACGUUUGAGAAUAACGUGCACUUUCGGUAUGGAUGAUGUCCUCAUCAUCUGGGCCCUUGCUUUCGCAAUCGGCAUGUGUGCUGUCACAUCCAUUGCCACUGAAAAUUACGGUUGGACUCGACACCUUUGGGACAUUCCCCCUUCCUUGUUGCCAGCUGUCAGCAAGCUCAACCUCGCAUUCCAAAUUCUCUUCUCCCUGUCGUCCAGCAUCACCAAACUUUCUCUACUGUGGUUCUGCAAGCGUCUUCUUGGGGCUGGGAGUAAAGGUUUAUAUUCCUCCUACAACAUCGUGCUGAUCAUCGGCAUGGUCAUUGUGGCUAUUUGCUGCCUUCUUUUUCUCUUUAUCUCUAUCUUCCAGUGCUCACCUAUUCACGCAUAUUGGGAUGUGGAACCUAGCUACCCUUACCAUUGCAUCAACGACGGUGCCGCUGUCUUCUCGGCCAGUGUUGUCAAUAUUUUCACUGAUUUUCUCACGACUGUGCUGCCCAUGCCUUUAAUUUGGAACCUGAAGCUGCCUGCGCGACAACGGGUUGCCGUGAUUUCGAUCUUCGGACUGGGUAUUGUGGUCAAUGUUGCCGGCUCGAUUCGGACAGUUUACGUCUGGAAGAGCAUGGUGGCCUCAUAUGAUACCACCUGGGUGGGCUGGCCAGUUCUUCUCGCUGCUUCGAUAGAGAUCAGUAUGGGCUUGAUUUGCGCUUCUGCGCCUGCACUCAGGCCCCUUAUCACCUUUUUCUUGCCUCGCCUCCUACAAUCCAGUCGUCGCUAUGCCUCUUCCUAUGGUCCCAAGAGCUUUCCACGGAAGGGAUGGUCAUCAAGCGGGCCGACCAAAAAUUCUAGAAUUGAAGAUCGGCAAUAUGGCUACCAGGGGGACACUAACGUUGAUCGUUUGGAGGUUCUCCGGACAGUGGAGAUGGAGACCUGGUCUGAGAUAAAGAAGCCUGGAGCUGCCCACAUGAAUCAUCCUCCAGCAUUCUCGAACCAUAUGCGGGUUGCAACACCUACGCAUCAUGUUGAAUUGAAGAACCACGGUGUGGUUUACACGUCGCCUGGUAGCGACCAAUCUACAGUUUCCCUCACGCGGGACUCACAUUCACACAGCGACCGGUCGAUGACCGAUGAUAAGAACUUUUUCUAG